AUGGUUGCCACCGGCCACACGUACGAUAGGCCUAGUAUCAAGCGCUGGUUGGAGCAGGGGCACAAGACGUGUCCGGUCACGGGCAGUCGCCUCAGAAACUUGGACCUUCUGCCCAACUUCGCGCUUCGUAGCGCUAUUUCGGAGUGGGCGGCCGCGAAUAACGUCAAGCUCAACGACAGGCAGCUCACGAGCGUGACUGAGAAGGCGGUUGGGGGCACCGACGGCGAGUCCGACGCGCAGACCAGCCCUCACUGCGUGCUCGAGGGGCACGAGGAGAUCGUAUGGGCGGUGGAGGCGACGGAUGGGCACCUGUUUAGCGCCUCCGCGGACAAGUCGAUCCGCGCUUGGGACACCAAGACGCGCCGGUGCGUGCACGUGCUGGAGGAGCACACCAGGCCAGUGCUCUCGCUGGUGGUGAGUCAACUGCACGGCAAGCUCUUCUCUGGAUCCUACGACUGCAGCAUAUGCGUGUGGGACCUCGUCACAUUCAGGCGCAUAAAGUCCCUGCACGGACACACGGACGCCGUACGUUCGUUGGCGGUGGCUGGGGACACGCUCUUCAGUGCCUCGUACGAUUCAACCCUACGGGCGUACGACAUCAACACGCUGAAGCCCCUCAAGGUGCUGGAGGGUCACACCGGCCCGGUGCGUACACUCACCGUCCUUGGCGCGCACCUGUUCUCGGGUUCGUACGAUUACACCGUGAGGGUGUGGCACACGGAGACUUUGGAGCCCGUGCACGUGCUCGAGGGUCACACCGAUGCGGUCAGGGCACUCGCGGCAUCGCCAGUGCCUGAGCUCAAGUACAUCUUCUCAGGAUCGGACGACAACUCCGUCCGGGUAUGGGACGCGAACACGUUCAAGUGCGUGAGCGUUUUCCAGGGCCACGAGGAUAACGUGAGAGUACUGACAGCGGACAGCCGCUACCUUUACAGCGGCUCAUGGGACAAGACUAUCCGUGUUUGGGACACUCAGUCGCUUGAGUGUGUUCGCGUGCUGGAGGGCCACAUGGAGGCUGUGUUGGCGCUCACGGUGAUGCGAGGCCACCUGAUUAGUGGGUCCUACGACACCACUGUCAGGUUUUGGAACACGGAAACGUUCCAGUGUGUGGGGAAGUUCGAAGGUCACGACGACGCGGUUCGAGUGCUCACCUCCACGGGGGAGGAUGCCGAGAGCGUGUACAGCGGGUCCUACGACGGGAGCAUCGGGUUCUGGUCGCUGCCCGCACCGACCUCCAACACGCGAGCACCUGCAACACGCUGA